AUGUGCGCACAUCAGAAUCGGCCAGAUGCGCCAACUAUCUCUGUUUCACCUCGAAUCGCAGCUUGGAUCCGUACUAUUUUUCAGACGACAUGCGUCUCAAGCGUGCUUCGCGCAUUUCCCCGAGAUGAAACCCCUUGUGUCUCGACGCUGGACAUUUCGUUGGGGUCAGUACUCGUCGAUGGCUUUUCAGCUGGUGCGUCCGGGUUUGUCUGCACGGAUUGCGGAUCUAGGAUCAUUUCGAAGAAGAUCAGAACGCAGGCACAAAAAACAAAGAUGAAAAACAGUUGA